CAUGCACCGUACAGUUCGUCGCGUUUGGUUAGUGGUCUCAUCGUCGUCUGCUUGAUCUAUCGUUUGCGCUUCAGCCGUGCCGACGUACGUGUUUUCUGUUCAGGGCCGCGCGCUUACGAGCAGCGGGCAGCAAAUCUACUUGAAAAGUCAACCGAAGCGCUCGCACAACGGUACGCACGCAGUUCCCGGUGUUUAGUGUAGCGGUGCGGUAGAGUGUGUUUUUCACGGCGCUAGUGCGUAUGUUGUGCGUUUUCCGCUCCCCGGGGUAGUGUUACAGAACAGCGCCCAACGUCUAGCAAUACUUCGGGAAGGUAAACGAAGAAGGAGCAGCAGAAGAAGAAGCAAAAGAAGAAAAGAAAAAAAAAACCGUAUUAAGCUGGGAUUUAGGUUGCUCGCGAGCCGUUGUGCGCGGUCGAAUAAGAGGUGGCUUAAGCGCUUAAUGAGCUUUGCGAGGGGACUGCACAAACAAACACACAGAGGCGCGCCUCAGCAAAAAAAAAAAGCAUCGUUCACAGCCAGCCGUAAACAAACGGAAGGAAGCUGUGCAGAUCCGUAGGGUUAGUGUAUGUGUUUUUUGCCCCCAGGGUGACGACCUCGCGAUCGUGGGGAACAGGAUGCGUAAUUGAUAGGAAAAGUGGUAGUACAAAUCACAAUCUGGUUAUCGGACGAUUUAGCGCGAGUGCAAAGAAAAAUACAGCCGCUACACAAAACUACAACCAAUUCGGCCUGCUGCAACAGGCGGAGACAACGAUCAAUCAACAAAGCGAACGCCACCUAUGUUGAUUUAUUAUCUCAAGAUACUAGCGGACCUUCAGAAGGUGAUAGGAAGCAACGGCCGCAGAGCGCACUCGCUGCAUUCCACCAUCAACGGUCGAGAAGGGGCGCAGCUGUCCCGCCAGCGCUCGCCAGCCGUACCGCACUCCAGCAGUAGUAGCAGCAGCAGCCCGCCAGCCGGUAGCAGCGGUGGGCCGUACCCCUUUUACUUUGAGACCCCGGUACGCAGCAAACCGUCAAAACGAUUUAUCUUCGGCCGUACAAGGACAUCUUCCCGGGCGGUGGCCAUAACCAGCUAUCCUCGCUAUAUCCGCAACCCGUGAUGGAGCGUAGCGGCGGCGGCGGUAGCGGUGGCGGCGGUUCCGGCGGUCCGACCCCGAGCAGCCUCGGCGACACGAUGAGCGACUCGGCCGGCCUGUGCCUGCAGGACCUGGUCGGCGUCAACGGCACCGGGGGAGGCGGCGGCGGCGGUGGUGGGGCGGGCGGUACGGGCGGUGGGCCCGGGGGCGCGAACAAUACGCUGGCGGACCACCUGCACGGUACCGGGGCGCACCAUGGGCCCCACACGCACCACAGCCUGCACGACGGGCUGGUCAGCGGCGGCGUGAGCGUCUCGUCCGCCAUUACCAGCCUGAUGUCGCCGGGCGGUAUCAACAGUGGCGGGCUGGGACACCUGCACCACGGCGCACCGGACCUGUCUGCCCACCAUCAUCAUCACCAUCACCACCAUCAGCAUCACCAUUCGUCGGCGCUGCACGAGCCGCUGGAGAAGUUGAAGCUUUGGGCAGAAACCGGCGACUUUCGGGAAAACAGCCACACCGGCAUGACGUCCGUCAGCAGUAUUGACCACGCGCAGAUGGGUUUUCCAGCAUCUUCACCCCGCAACAGAAGCUCUCGGGAUCGGAAAAAUGAUGUAUCUCGAUGUAUCAACGAAGCCUCGGUAAAGACCGAAAACCUUAGCAGCGGUAUGUCCCACGAGGACGGCACCGGUUCGGUCGCGCCCGGCACCACGAUCCAGCAGGACGGCACCGACGGCACCAAGAACGAUAAGAAAAACAAACGCCAGCGACGCCAGCGGACACACUUCACCUCACAGCAGCUGCACGAGCUCGAGCAGACGUUCAGCCGCAACCGCUACCCGGACAUGUCCACCCGGGAAGAGAUCGCCAUGUGGACCAACCUGACCGAGGCACGCGUGCGGGUAUGGUUCAAAAACCGGCGGGCCAAGUGGCGCAAGCGGGAGCGGAACCAGAUGAACGCGAUCGCGGCGGCCGACUUCAAGAACGGGUUCGGCCCGCAGUUCGUGCAGCCGUUCGCCGACACCGACACGCUGUACUCGUCCUACACGUACAACAACUGGGCGAAGGUGCCGUCCCCGCUCGGUGCCAAGACGUUCCCGUGGACGGUGAACCCGCUCGGCACGUCGAUCGUGUCGACCAACCACCACCAGAACUCGAUCAACUGCUUCAACACGUCGGCAUCGUCGGUGGCGGCCGGGAUGGCCGGCACCGGCACGAUGCUGCCGGCUAGCAUGGGCACCGGCCUGACCGGCACGUCCGGGGCGACCGGCGUGUCGCCGACGCCGUGCCCCUACACCACGCCCACCAAUCCGUACAUGUAUCAUCAUCGCGCCGCGGCCGAACCCUGCACGGCCAUGAGCUCCAGCAUCGCGACGCUCCGGUUGAAGGCGAAGCAGCACACGUCCGGUUUCUCCAGCCCUUACUCCGCGUCGUCGCCCGUCUCCCGCUCCAACUCGGCCGGCCUGUCCGCCUGCCAGUACGCGGGCGUCACGGAUACGGUCUGAAACGCGGCCAGCGCAACCACCAACCCGCCGAACCCGUUCGGCACACUGCUCCUGUUCGUGUCGCAACCGUCGCCGAUGCCACCACCGUCGCCGCCGCUCUCCCUGGCGGCGGUGACACCGCAGACCGCCACCGACACCGGCCCCAGCUCCCCGAUCACCCAGCAGCAGCCAGCGUUGCAGCAGCAGCAGCAGCACCAGCACCCUCAUCAUCAUCAUCAUCUUCAUCAACCACUGGCAGGCGCGCCACUGUUCUCGCUCCCGAGAUCCGCCCGACAGCAGCCACAGUACCCGGUGGAGCAGCUGUACUCACCGGACCACCAUCAGUACAACCAUCGCCAUCAGUACCAGGCGUCGCAUCAGUCGCAGCACCACCAGCACCAACCGCUGCAGCAGCAACAGCAGCAGCAGCAGCAGCAGCAGCAGUAUCAGCAGCAGCUAGCCUUCUCCACUUCCUUUGCCUCGGUCACGCCACCGGACCUGGACCUGGCCGGGGACGACGCACUGCACGGCGGGUCGAACCCUACCUCACCGACGUCCUCCUCCCCGAUGGCGGCCGUGUUCGUCGUCAAAGGACAACUGCCGACGCACGAGUACGGCGGCGCUGCCGUUGGGCGGGGAUGAUGAUAAUGGACGACGUCAAGGAAGUGGGAGCAGCAAAAGCCAACAACAACAACAAGAGCAGCAGCAGUAGCAGCAACAAAAAAGGGCCAGAAACAACAUCCUAGUCGCAUUUCUCCCCUCGGUACAGUGUGUUGAGCGAUAUAAAAAUAGACAGAAAGAUAAGGUGAGAUAUAAGAUACAGUAGCGCUGCUGGAAGGGCAUUGGAACGGGGCAGCAAAUGAGCAACUUACACAAUAGACAUACACACACACACACAUACAAACCAAUCUGCUUUGCCGCGCACCAAUGUCCCCCUAGGCAACGACGGACACCACCAUGAAUUUCCAAAGUAAAACAACGAGCGUUGUACAAAAUGAUAUUUGCAUUAAUCUGAGCGAGGAGGUCGUCCCACCAUCAACCGGCGCACGAAACAAGAUUGUGAUGAGAACGGACGUUUGUGUCAUGAACUACUCCAUGAGCGCUGAUUGGAGCAUCCAAUGUUCUCCCAAUGUUGCUUCCUGUUUUUUUUCUGGAGGAAGUAGAAAAUCUUCAAAUCUUCUUCUAGUUGCAAGCAACGGUGUCGUCUGUAUCUGCAACCCAAACAUGUGCUGGAGGUUCUGGCUCACAGCAGUCUUCUGCUCUGCUGCUAAAAUACUCUGCUCAAUUAGUCCGCACACGCAGUAUACCUUUUAGUAAUUAUGUACAUCUUGGCUUUAUGGUAUGAGUGCGCGAUCAAUUUUGGUUAUCCUGCUAAUGGUCGAUGCUGGCGUCGUUCUGGAUUAGGCAAGAUGGAGAUGCUCCUGUGUCUAUCAUACUGUCAUUUGUUAUCGAAACGAAUUUAACACGCACAAUCAAGCGCUCCUGUGCCGUACUCUGUUCUAGGUGUUACUAUCAAAGUCUAGAUGUUCCAAGAAGUACAGUUCGCAAACAGCACCAUUGGCAGAUUGGGUGCCAUGUUUGUUGACAGCUGUUGAAACACUCAGAACAAGCAUUCAUCAGUUUUGGUUUUUGACUGUGAAGAUGAAACUAAGCAUUUGACUCAUGACUUUUGAGGAUCUUCGCAUCUAUGAUAAGUCUUUUGCAGUGCUCAACUCCUCCUAGAUCACAAAAAAACAUGUUUCUCAAUGUCAUACAAAAAUGUUUGUGUGUGUGUGUUUUUUUUUAAUUUGACAGUUAGUAGAUGUCAUAUUUCUUUUACACUGCCAUUCUCUUACGAGUGACGAAUGGCAAAUUUCAAACCUUUAUUGGCUGUAGUGUGAACCACCUUAUUAUUCUACGAGGACGAAGAGCCCUUCAACUGAUUGUGAGCGGAAUUUUGCGUCAUCAUUUCGCGAUACCAAAGAGCGCUGAGCACGGUAACAUGAUUAACAGUUGAAAGCAGCCCUACCAAACAGUCAAAAAGCGGAGGGAUGCAGAGGCAAGAGCCCACUUUUGACUAGCAAAACCGCGUAAUAACAAUAGUAAUGUAAAAACGGGAUAGAAAACACGGGCAAGGCGGUUUCAAGCGCGAGCGGUUUCCUUCGUAAUGAUCAAAGAGCGCGAGCUGCCGGCUGGCCUGAUGGGUGUUUGUUGAUUUAUUUAUUUUCAUUUUUGCCUCCCCUUUUUUGAUUUCACUGCUCCUACCACUCCCGCCCCUCCCCCUUUUCCUCUACCCCUUCUUUACCCUUGGGUACACUCAAACACUUGCACACACGCACACACGCUUCCGAAAUCGGUAAAAGUGACAUCAAAAGAUUGCAACACCCCGCGGGAGUGCGCGCGCGCACGUGAGUUAGCGCCUCGCCGAAACCAGAAGCCCAAUUUCACCCCACUGUCCCAACCCAUCUGCUUCUCCAUCUCCCCUCCCCCCCCCCCCCCCUCUUCACACCCGUUAUCGGUCUUAUCACACCCCGAAAGAGGGAUUAGUAAAUUUCGGUAUCAAAAGUUAAUAUUCACCGUCCCGGCCGGCCCGACCCCGGCCAAUGGGCCGGGUGAGCGAUGCCGGGGGAAAAGGGAGGGAAAGGUUUGUGUCGGGUGACGGACAGCAGCGCGCCGGCACCAGCCCACAAAGCGCCCCAAAUCCUUCAACCAGAGCCGGCUGUCGGCUGUCGGCUUGUUUCAAGAAAGCCCCCUAUUCGAUCAUUUCCAUCUGCCUGCCACCUGCUUGCCUUCCCUCGUUGAUUGAACUCGCCCUGUCAGCCCCGACGCCCAAUCCGAAGGGCGCGGUACAGAUAAAGCGCGCGGGUUAAUUAAUUAAAACGCUCGCUGUGUGUAAUCGACGCCGCGCCGUUUUCGAGCAGUUGAAGGAUGGGAACAGUUUAACCCGUUCUGUCUGUGUGUGUGUGUGUGUGUGUGUGUGUGCUUGUUUUGCGAAAACCCAAAAUGGCCUCAUCAUCAGUGUCCCUGUGCUCAUACACACACACACAAAGAGAGACAAAGACAGACAUUAUUGAUCUCUAUUUGACAUUCGAAAUUAGGCGCUGGGUAUCCCUGUCGCUGGAAAACCGGGCUGCAGUUUGUGGAAGUGACGUAUGGUUUUUUGCAAAUUUGUUUUUUUUUUCAUUAAAGGCGAACCAUUCUGAGCUAAACAGCAAAGUAAAAUACUCGGAUACAACCGCCAAAAAAAUGGUGGUAAAAAUAAUUAAGAAAAAAAAAACUCAUUGAAUUCCGAGCGGCCCAGCAACAGGACGGAGCUUACUUACAAAAUGAACGCACAGGAAAUGCGCACUCGAAGCUGUGAUACUGCAUCGCGGCAAAGCAAAAAAAAAGGGGGGGGGGGGCGGGGGGGGGGGUAUGCAAAGUUUUCCCCUGCUACCCCAUUUCACUUACUCAAAUCGAACGAUAGUUAUGCUCGGUAGAAGCUACCCCCUGUUCGAAAGGGUGUCGCGGUUCUCUUCGUUUGAUGCACUUUUCCGUAAAUAGUACACGCCGCGUACCGCCGCGUAAAUGCUGGUGGAAGCUCACGCAAGCGGGUACAUUAUGGAAGAAAUGGGCGAAACAAAACAAACACAUUUACCCAAUGAUCUACUCAAACUAGCCGAUGGACAAGCGCAACAGAGAUUCAAUGAGAAGAAGAAAAAGCUUAGCCGACGGUGCAGGUGGUGGUGGUGGUGGCGGCGGCGAAGUUGUGGUACGCAACGGUACAGUUUAAUGCAAAAACAACAAUAAAAUAUAAUAAUGAAGAAGAAGAAGAAGAAGAAGAAGAAGAAGAAGAAGAAGAAGAAGAAGAAGAAGAAGAAGAAGAAGAAGAAGAAGAAACUAGUACGAUCUUUAACAAGAGCGAAACAAGAAGAAGAAAAAAAAACACUACAAUACAAAUUAUUAUAAUUAACUGCAGUACAUUUAAUGGUAAUAAUACUAAUAAUAAUAUAAAAUGCUUUUAAUCAUAUCCUGAAACUGUAAAGGUAGGUGCGGGCGGGGAUCGAUCCCCCGAUUGCUCUGCUCGAUCACUCAAACUAAACUAGUGGCCGAGGGUGGGACGAGGCAAGAGAAGCAAAGCAAACAACAACAACAAAAAAACAAAGGAAAACAAAGCAAGAAAAAAGAUAGUAGUCAAAUGCGUUUGGAAAAGGGCGCAUCUUCGUUUUCUUUUUUUUUUCUUUUUUCUUCACCCUGUUCCAAGGCGGCAGGGGUUGUAGCUACACCAAACUUAGUCGAGACUUAGUAUAUACAUAAAAAAAAAUUAUAAAUAUAUAUAUAUAUAUGGGCGUAUGUAAGAUGUUGCGGCUAGCAGUGAUUUGUCAAAAUUUGACGUUUUAUUCACACCUAAGUACACUCACGUUUGCUGACUGUUUCCGCCAACCGUUUGCAUAGUCCCACUGCCGCUGCGGGAGUGGCAGCCAUGUACAUAAUGCUACACGCAGAAAAGAACAGAAAAAAAAACAGGAAUGGAUUAUGUGCCGCUAUGUUUCACUUGGUCGAAUACUAUCCGUUUCUAGUAAACCGAAUAGCAAAAAAAGAGAGAGAGAGAGAGAGAGAGAGAAAGCAAAAGUAUGGAAUAAAAAACCGAGAAACAAACAUUUUGUUCGCGCUGAUUAGUGUCUCACUCAGAGGAAACAUUCGUUCCGGAUGCUGUACUUCCGAAACGAAAACCAAAAAACAAGGGAAACCCGGUGUCGUGCAAUGUGCAAUAAGGGACGGAAACGGAAAAUACAAACAAAACAGACGCCGCUAAUCAUUUACUGCAAUUUACUGCUCUUUUUCGUGUCCACAAUUGCACUCGUAGAAGGAAAAGACGUUAAUAGACAGUAAAGCACACUACAGACUACAGGAAAGCGUAAACUACAGACGACACAAAUCGUUGCAGACAGCUUUUUUUUCUCGAUCGGAUGCGUGCGUGUGAAAGGGUGUGUUGAGUUUUUGUGUAUAGAAAUCUAAAUUGGCGCUAAAUGCAUUCAGAACGUUUGCGACAAAGUUGAAUCGCAAAUGUGUGUGGAUUAGAAAGAAGAAAAGUGAAAAAAAACAGCCAUUAAAGCUCGUAACUAGAUUAACGCUUCUUUCGAAGCUUUUACCUACCUACGUACACUCAACCAUGCACACGACACUCGCAUGCACUAUGCGUGUGUCUGUCAUCUUAAUAAUUUCCAGAGUAAACCCUUUUUUAAAACCAAAAUAAAAUAUUUUUCACAACAUAUCCUUGAACGAAUGAGUGUCAUGAGCCCUUCGAGGAAAAACUUCCGAAAAGUCAACAGAAGCGCAUGGUAUAUCUCUUUGCAGUGAAACAGGAAUUUAAAUUUAAUAAACAAAGCAAGAAGAAAAAAAAGCAUACACAGACACACACAUACAAAGCAGUGAAAGACAAAUAAGAUAGCAGAACUAAAAAUUGGAGACGUUUAGUCGAAAGAAAGCGCGGGGUAAAAAAACAAAACCUGACGAAUGAGAAAAACUGACAUGAUCAAUAACAGGGAAAAACAUGAAAAAACGAAGCAAAAAAAAAACAAAAAAAAAUAAGAUAAAAAAAGUUGUCAAGUUUUCUUACGUGCAACAUGCUGCAAAGCGGAAAAGGAAGAUGUAGGAAGCAAACAUGUUGGCUUUCAAUUCCCUUUUUUCUCCCACACGUAUUGCAGGAGGGUAGGUGUAGGAGCGGACGAGACACGUGGGGGGGCAGGUCAGAAAUGGGAAUGGAAGGUAGCUGCUGCAAUAGUGUAAUUAGGAGUGGUACAGCACCGGCAGCGUGGUUUGUCGCUCAGGGUGCGAAAAUGCGGUCGCAUCCAUUCUAAUCUUAGUACUUUGUAUUUUAGUAAUUAAAAACGGCUAUACUGAGUUGAACCGAAUCCUACCGUAGUACUCGUGUCUCCCGUUCCCUUUGCCGAUGCUGCCGAUGCAACCCCACAAACCCCAUCUCAGGCCGGGCAUGGCGACACAAUGAUGGUGAGCGAUCUGUGCCGGUUUUGCCACGGUGCGAACGUUUUGUUUUGCUUUCUCCUUCUUUUUUUUUAAAUUUUACCAGGGAAGAGAACAAACCUUCCAUCCAAUGCUUUUGGUAGGCGAACACUGGUUCUUUACGCUUUGAUAGCGUAUUUGUGUUGCUAUAGUUUCUUUUCUUCGUUUAUUUAUUUUCCUAUACGUGUAGUAAUAUGGGGCCAGCUGAUGUUUAGCUCGACUAUCUUAGAUCGGUACUGCUGAUGGUUCUGAAAUUCGGUUCUUCGUUCGCACAAUACACAAAAAAAGAAAACAAAAAAACAUGUAUAGAAAUAUCCCAGUCUAAUAUUUAAAUAUAAUAAAAUCAUUUUCACUGAAA